AUGGAUAUGUUAGUUGUGGAAAACACUAAUGCUAACAAAGUACAUAGUGUAUUUGGCGAAGCAAGCAAAAAAAUUCUUCUAAUACCUGCCGUAAUUGAUAAUUACAACUAUCAUAUAGAUGGUGUAGACAUAGCAGACCAAUUACAAGGCUAUUAUGGUACACAAGUACCUGUAUGUCAUACCUGGAUGCUAUUAUUUUUUUGGCUUCUUGAUACUAGUAUUGUUAAUACCUUCCGUAUUUCAAAAGCUCUCAAUUUAGCUAUGAUAUAUAAAGAUCUUAGAAUAAAUUUAGUGUGA